CCCGCGGCCCGGCUCUCGGCGCGCCGCGAGCUGCAGCCGUGCCUCGGAGUCGGGUUUCGAGUCAUUUACGGAGUUCAGCGGGAGAAAGUCAGACCCGGGGCAGCUUCGGGACAAGUUGCGCCGAAACACGUGUCUCUAACCGGAACACCACCCGCGGGGAUGCGCCUGGAAGGGGGGAGUGGAGCGGUGUGGAGGGGCGGGGAGCUGGCUCCUGCGCCUGGAAAAGUAGAGGGAAAAAUUAGAGGCUGUUUCCCGUGGAAGCAAGCAAAGGCUACGAAAAGAAAACACCAAGCGUCCAGUGAGGCUCCCCCAGCGAAACGGAGGAACGAAACUUCAUUUCUACCAGCCAAGAAAACUAGCGUUAAAGAAACUCAGAGGACUUUUAAGGGGAACACACAAAAAACGUUUUCUCCAAAGAAGCAUUCGGUUAGCACAAGUGAUAGAAACCAGGAGGAGAGACCAUGCAUUAAGACUUCAUCACUGUUUAAAAACAACCCUGACAUUCCAGAACUCCACAGACCUGUGGUAAAGCAGGUGCAAGAAAAAGUGUUUACUUCAGCUGCUUUUCAUGAGCUGGGCCUCCACCCACAUUUAAUUUCCACAAUAAAUACGGUCUUAAAAAUGUCUAGUAUGACCAGCGUUCAGAAGCAAAGUAUUCCUGUGUUGCUGGAAGGCAGAGAUGCUCUCGUGAGAUCCCAGACAGGCUCAGGUAAAACUCUUGCCUAUUGCAUCCCUGUGGUCCAGUCCCUUCAAGCAAUGAAGUCAAAAAUACAGCGCAGUGAUGGCCCCUAUGCCCUGGUGCUCGUACCAACGAGAGAGCUGGCUCUACAAAGCUUUGACACUGUCCAGAAACUGCUUAAGCCUUUCACCUGGAUUGUGCCUGGAGUGUUAAUGGGAGGAGAGAAGAGAAAAUCAGAAAAGGCCAGACUCCGCAAAGGAAUAAAUAUCCUUAUCUCAACUCCUGGACGCCUGGUGGAUCAUAUAAAAUCCACAAAGAACAUUCAUUUUAGUCGACUGCGGUGGUUGGUGUUUGAUGAAGCAGACAGAAUCUUAGAUUUGGGUUUUGAAAAGGACAUCACAGUGAUACUUAAUGCUGUAAACGCUGAAUGCCAGAAACGACAGAACGUCUUGCUGUCAGCGACACUCACAGAAGGUGUAACGCGGCUAGCUGAUAUCAGUUUGCAUGAUCCAGUCAGUAUUUCAGUCCUGGACAAGAGCCAUGACCAGUUGAACCCAAAGGACAAAGCGGUCCGGGAGGUCUGUCCUCCACCAACUGGCGACGAGCUGGACAACUUUGCAAUACCAGAGAGUCUCGAGCAGCACGUGACUGUGGUUCCCAGCAAACUGAGGCUUGUCUGCCUAGCGGCCUUCAUCCUUCAGAAAUGCAAGUUUGAGAAAGACCAGAAGAUGGUUGUCUUUUUCUCAAGUUGCGAGCUGGUGGAGUUCCACUACAGCCUCUUCCUACAGACCCUGCUGAGCAGCUCAGGGGCGCCGGCAUCAGGGCAGUUGCCAUCUGCCUCCACGCGAUUAAAAUUCCUGCGGCUGCAUGGCAACAUGGAGCAGGAGGAAAGAACAGCAGUGUUUCAGGAAUUUUCACAUUCCAGAAGAGGCGUCCUUCUUUGCACGGAUGUUGCAGCUCGGGGCUUAGAUCUCCCUCAAGUCACGUGGAUUGUUCAGUACAACGCUCCAUCUUCACCUGCAGAAUACAUCCACCGGAUUGGAAGAACCGCCCGGAUUGGCUGCCAUGGGAGCAGCCUGCUCAUUUUGGCUCCUUCGGAGGCAGAAUAUGUCAACUCGUUGGCUUCUCACAAAAUCAACGUUUCUGAGAUGAAGAUGGAAGAUAUUUUGUGUGUUCUGACGAGAGAUGACCGUUUUAAAGGGAAACGAUGGGGCGCCCAGAAAUCCCAUGCUGUUGGCCCCCAGGAAAUCCGAGAGCGAGCCACAGUCUUGCAGACGGUAUUUGAAGAUUACGUGCACUCCAGUGAGAGGAGGGUCUCCUGGGCAAAGAAAGCUCUGCAGUCCUUCAUCCAAGCUUACGCCACCUACCCCAGGGAACUGAAGCACAUCUUCCAUGUCCGAUCCCUCCACCUUGGGCAUGUGGCGAAGAGCUUCGGGCUAAGAGAUGCCCCCAGGAAUCUUAGUGCCUUGACUAGAAAGAAAAGGAAAGCACACCUAAAAAGGGACUCCUAUCACCAGCAAUCGGCAGUGUUUGGACAUCCUCGGGACCUCAGCUCAAACUUCCCUGUGCAGUUGCAGGUACCGGUGCUGCAGCAGAUCAAAGAAGGGUGUGGAAGGCCUGGAGGGAAGAAAUUCAGACAGAGCUUGAGGCCCUGGAAAGACAGAGGCACCCGCUCCCCACCCCCCGCCGCCAGGAGCCUCCUAAACGUCAGGAGCUGCAGGGUGCAUGACUCCUACAGCUGUGAAAGCCUCUCUCCCAGCCCGCAAAAGCUAUGAAAGAGGUGCCUCACCUAGGCUUAUGAGUGCAGGGCCUGCGAUGGUGGUAGGACUCUCUCCUUGACCAAACGUUAGAGGUCUGGUCCUCUGAGCUCUCUUUCUCACUAGGCCACAUUCCUGGGCCCUAUCCUUGGCCUGCUGAAGCCAGUUUUAGCCAAGAGUCCCGCUACGUUGAUUCGCCACCCCUUCACAUCUGAUUACCCUUGACAGCUGAUUAGGUUCCUCACCUGUACCCUUGAUAUCUGAUGACCUUGCCCUGCCUUUAGCAAGGAUCUUCCUGCCUUGACGUCUCCUCUUAGUAAUUUUCCAUCCACUGACCCCGCCCCUCCCUUGGCUCCUCAGCCAAACAUCCCCACUUCUGUUGUAUCUGAAAUUGAACUCAGUUCUAUACUGAAGCUUCUCCCUUUUUGCAAUAGUAUUGAAUAAAAUGUCUUUACCACCUUUAAU